GUGGCUCAAGCAGGAAGAUUCCACGUCACUCGAAAGGACCAGAGAAGCAAACUAGCCACGGAUGCGGAGAUAAAAAAGAAACGGGAAUAACACAGACAACCUGAAGAUAUUGAUUGGAGUCCCCUAAGAAGAAGACCUGCCUGGCACCAUGACGGCCGCAGAAAAUGUGUGUUACACCCUUAUUAAUGUUCCCAAUGACUCGGAACCUCCCUCUGAAGUCAGCCUUAAGACUGAUCUAGAAAAGGGAGAGAUCAAGGCAAAGACUGAAGCCUUGAAGAAAGUCAUCAUCAUGAUUCUAAAUGGGGAGAAGUUGCCGGGCCUCCUUAUGACCAUCAUCCGCUUCGUCCUCCCACUCCAAGACCACACCAUCAAAAAGCUGCUGCUGGUCUUCUGGGAGAUCGUGCCCAAAACCACGCCGGACGGCAAGCUUCUCCAGGAGAUGAUCUUGGUCUGUGAUGCCUACAGAAAGGACCUCCAGCACCCAAACGAGUUCAUCCGUGGCUCCACUCUGCGUUUCCUGUGCAAGCUGAAGGAGGCGGAGCUGCUUGAGCCCCUCAUGCCUGCUAUCCGCGCCUGCCUGGAGCAUCGGCACAGCUACGUGCGGCGCAACGCCGUCCUGGCUAUCUACACCAUCUACAGAAACUUUGAACACCUGAUCCCAGAUGCUCCAGAACUGAUCCAUGACUUCCUGGUGAAUGAGAAAGAUGCCAGCUGCAAGAGAAAUGCUUUCAUGAUGUUGAUUCAUGCGGACCAGGACAGAGCGUUAGAUUACCUAAGCACCUGUAUUGACCAGGUGCACACCUUUGGAGACAUUCUGCAGUUGGUCAUUGUGGAACUGAUCUACAAGGUGUGCCACGCCAACCCGUCAGAGCGAGCUCGCUUCAUCCGGUGCAUUUAUAACCUGCUGCAGUCUUCCAGCCCCGCAGUGAAGUACGAGGCGGCGGGCACGCUAGUCACCCUCUCUAGUGCCCCCACUGCCAUCAAGGCUGCUGCACAGUGCUAUAUUGACCUGAUCAUCAAGGAGAGCGAUAACAACGUCAAGCUGAUUGUCCUGGAUCGCCUGAUCGAGCUCAAGGAGCAUCCCACACACGAGCGCGUUCUGCAGGACCUGGUGAUGGACAUCCUAAGGGUGCUGACCACUCCCGAUCUGGAAGUGCGGAAGAAGACCCUGCAACUAGCCCUUGACCUCGUCUCCUCAAGGAAUGUCGAAGAGUUGGUGAUUGUGCUGAAGAAGGAGGUGAUAAAGACUAACAACGUGACUGAGCACGAGGACACAGACAAGUACCGCCAGCUGCUGGUGCGCACCCUGCACUCCUGCAGCGUCCGCUUCCCUGACAUGGCCGCCAACGUCAUCCCUGUGCUGAUGGAAUUCUUAAGUGACACUAAUGAGGCCGCUGCAGCGGACGUGCUGGAGUUUGUGCGUGAGGCCAUCCAGAGGUUUGACAACCUCAGGCCACUCAUCACAGAGAAGAUGCUGGAGGUCUUCCACGCCAUCAAGACAGUCAAGAUCUACAGGGGCGCUCUAUGGAUCCUGGGAGAGUACUGCAGUACCAAAGAAGACAUCCAGAGUGUGAUGACCGAGGUGCGGCGGUCACUGGGAGAGAUCCCCAUCGUGGAGAACGAGAUUAAGAAGGAGGCUGGUGAGGUGAAGCCGGAGGAGGAGGUGAACGCUGCUCCUGCCCAGAAGCUGGUCACCGAGAUGGGCACCUACGUCACACAGAGCGCCCUCAGCUCCUCGCGCCCCUCCAAGAAAGAGGAAGACCGGCCGCCCCUGAGAGGUUUCCUCAUGGAUGGAGACUUCUUCGUUGCUGCCUCAUUGGCAACCACACUCACCAAAGUUGCCCUGCGAUAUGUGGGCAUUGUCCCUGACAAGAAGAGGCAGAACUCGUUCGUGGCUGAAGCUAUGCUCAUCAUGGCCACUAUCCUGCACUUGGGAAAGUCGUCGCUGCCCAAGAAGCCCAUCACGGACGAUGACGUGGACCGCAUCUCGCUCUGCCUGAAGGUGCUGUCCGAGUUAUCGCCGCUCAUGAACGACGUCUUCAACAAGGAGUGCCGCAAGUCGCUCUCCCACAUGCUGGCCGUGCGUCUGGAGGAGGAGAAGCUCUCCCAGAAGAAAGAGUCAGAGAAGCGCAACGUGAUCGUGCAGGCAGACGACCCCAUCUCCUUCAUGCAGCUGACGGCCAAGAACGAGAUGACCUCCAAAGAGGACCAGUUCCAGCUCAGCCUGCUCGCCGCCAUGGGCAACACCCAGCGCAAGGAGGCCGCCGACCCUCUGGCCUCCAAACUCAACAAAGUCACUCAGCUCACCGGCUUCUCAGACCCAGUGUACGCAGAGGCCUACGUCCAUGUCAACCAGUACGAUAUUGUCCUGGACGUGCUGGUGGUCAACCAGACCAGCGAUACACUACAGAACUGCACACUGGAGCUGGCCACACUGGGAGACUUGAAGCUUGUGGAGAAGCCCUCCCCUCUCACUCUGGCUCCACACGACUUUGCCAACAUCAAAGCCAACGUCAAAGUGGCAUCUACAGAGAAUGGCAUCAUUUUUGGAAACAUAGUGUACGACGUGUCGGGAGCAGCUAGCGACAGGAACUGCGUGGUCCUCAGUGACAUCCACAUUGACAUCAUGGACUACAUCCAGCCGGCCUCCUGCACCGAUGCCGAGUUCAGACAGAUGUGGGCCGAGUUCGAGUGGGAGAACAAGGUGACGGUGAACACCAACAUCUCCGAGCUCAAUGAGUACCUGCUUCAUAUCCUCAGCUCCACCAACAUGAAGUGCCUGACCCCAGAGAAGGUAAUGCCUUCCGGCAGUGGACAAGCACUGUCUGGCAUCUGUGGUUUCAUGGCUGCCAACCUGUAUGCUCGCUCUAUAUUUGGUGAGGAUGCACUGGCAAACGUGAGCAUCGAGAAGCCCAUCCACUUGGGCCCUGAUGCACCGGUCAACGGACACAUUCGCAUCCGGGCCAAGAGCCAGGGGAUGGCCUUGAGUCUGGGUGACAAGAUCAAUCUGUCGCAGAAGAAGUCCGUGUCAUAGAGAUGAACCUUACCGGUGGCCUCUAAAUGACAGCUGGUGUGAUGUGACCCCCCCCCGGUGCGGUGCGCGGUCUAAUCUCUCUCGUGCUCCGCUCUCUCUCUCUGUCUUUGUAAUACCUGUCUCCGUCUCCACCGGCCGCGCUACUGUCUUUGUGCUCCACAGCCAGUGGCUGCCAAUCCUUAUCAGAUAUUGAACGCGCAGGGGGAUUAUUAUUUAGAUUUCCACAAAAACUAUAAGUACGCUUUUUCAGAUUCCUCCCUCCCCUUGCAUCAAGUCAUUGAGGGAUUGUCGUUGCUCGUCUGUAACUUUCAAUAAACACUGCAGAUUAUCCACA